CAAGUGUGCUGAUGGCGAAAGGGGCAUUUUGGGAAGUUAAAAUGUGUGUAUGAUACUGAGAUUAUCUCUCUCCCAUAAAAUAGAAGGGGACAAGACGAAAGCGAGGGUGAGGGUUUUUAUAUAUUGCCAGAGCAUUUGCAGAAGCAGUCGAGUGUGAGAGAGUUUCAGAGACGAAAACGAUGCCGUGCCUUAACAUCUCAGCUAACGUCAGCCUGGAAGGAGUAGACACCUCCUCUAUCCUCUCCGAAGCCACCUCCACCGUCGCCAAGAUCAUCAGCAAGCCCGAGGCCUAUGUGAUGAUUGUGCUGAAGGGAUCAGUACCCAUAGCUUUUGGUGGGACUGAGCAGCCAGCUGCCUAUGGUGAGUUGGUCUCCAUUGGUGGCCUUAACCCUGAUGUGAACAAGAAGUUGAGUGCUGCAAUUGCCGCAAUUCUUGAGACUAAGUUGUCUGUGCCCAAGUCACGAUUUUUCCUCAAGUUCUAUGACACCAAGGGUUCCAACUUUGGAUGGAACGGGUCUACCUUCUAAAGUGCGUGUUACCAUCGGAGCAGUAUCUUAAAUUUCUCCCCAACUUUAUGCUCUCUAUUCAGAGACAGCUUUAUAUCUAGUGAUGAUUUGGUACCACAGUACUUUGAUAAUUCUGGAAAGGAUAUUGGCAUUUUCUGUAUGUGUGCUUUUGUUUAGUAGAACCUAAUGGAACUUUUUAAGGCUUUGUAUGCGUACAUUUGCAUCGGGAAUUGUGUUCCCUGGGUAAUGAUCAAUGAUGUUAUGGUACCCAUGGUUGGCAAUCCCGGUUUAAGGUUCAUUUCUUCGGUGUAUGCAUCUGUUCGGGUCUGUUGUCUAUCUUAAA